UGCCUCCCACGGCGGGAGGGCGGAGCCUGCGGUGGAGGCUGCCUGCUCGGUUAGGACCUCGGAGAGCGCCGGGCGCCGUGACCAGAGGGACUGGAGAGGCGGCCGGAGCCAGGCUGGACCGACGCCUGCGAGCCCGCCACCCUCCGCUCCCUCAGCUUCCUGGGCUGGCAGGCGGCUAGUGGCGGUGGAGGAAGGUGCCUAAGUCGGGAGUCAGAUAGUCAUACCUCUGGGACGCCGACGCCGCUGUCCAGCCGCGGCUUCCUCACACCUGUUUUUUUAAAAUGAAGAAGUUUAAUUUCCGAAAAGUUUUGGAUGGCUUAACUGCCUCCUCCCCCGGCAGUGGUAGCAGCAGUGGCACUAACAGUGGUGGUGGGGCUGGAAGUGGUUCCGUGCACACAGGAGGGACUGCGGGGAUUCUCAGAGAGGAGAUUCAGGAAACCCUGACUUCGGAGUAUUUCCAGAUUUGCAAGACAGUUCGGCAUGGUUUUCCUUAUCAGCCCACAGCAUUAGCCUUUGAUCCAGUUCAGAAAAUCUUGGCUAUUGGGACGAGAACAGGGGCUAUACGAAUACUCGGGAGACCUGGUGUUGAUUGUUAUUGCCAACAUGAAAGUGGUGCAGCUGUUCUGCAGCUCCAAUUCUUGAUCAAUGAGGGUGCUUUGGUCAGUGCAAGUUCAGAUGACACACUUCAUUUGUGGAAUCUUAGACAAAAAAGGCCAGCUAUUCUUCAUUCUCUUAAAUUUAAUCGAGAACGAAUUACUUACUGUCAUCUACCUUUCCAGAGUAAAUGGCUCUAUGUUGGAACAGAAAGAGGAAAUACACAUAUUGUAAAUGUUGAAUCUUUCAUUCUUUCUGGAUAUGUUAUCAUGUGGAACAAGGCAAUUGAACUAUCCACAAAGACUCAUCCAGGUCCAGUUGUACAUUUAAGUGAUAGCCCAAGAGAUGAAGGGAAACUGCUAAUAGGUUAUGAAAAUGGUACAGUAGUAUUCUGGGACUUGAAAUCCAAAAGAGCAGAACUGAGAGUUUAUUAUGAUGAGGCUAUUCAUUCAAUUGAUUGGCAUCAUGAGGGCAAACAGUUCAUGUGCAGCCAUUCAGAUGGUAGCUUGACUUUAUGGAACCUGAAGAGCCCAAGUCGUCCUUUCCAGACCACAAUUCCACAUGGAAAAAGUCAAAGAGAAGGAAGAAAAUCUGAAUCUUGUAAACCAAUUCUUAAAGUAGAAUACAAGACCUGUAGAAAUAGUGAACCAUUCAUAAUAUUUUCUGGUGGACUGUCCUAUGACAAAGCUUGCAGAAGACCAAGUUUAACCAUCAUGCAUGGAAAAGCAAUUACAGUGCUUGAAAUGGAUCAUCCGAUUGUUGAAUUUCUAACAUUAUGUGAAACACCCUAUCCAAAUGAAUUUCAAGAACCCUAUGCUGUCGUAGUACUUCUGGAGAAAGAUCUCAUUGUAGUUGAUCUGACACAAAGCAAUUUUCCAAUCUUUGAAAAUCCGUAUCCCAUGGACAUUCAUGAAUCACCAGUUACAUGCACAGCAUACUUUGCUGAUUGCCCGCCAGAUUUGAUUCUAGUACUCUACUCUAUAGGAGUCAAGCAUAAAAAACAAGGAUACAGUAAUAAGGAGUGGCCAAUCAGUGGAGGAGCUUGGAACCUUGGAACACAAACAUAUCCAGAAAUUAUUAUUACUGGUCAUGCAGAUGGAUCAAUAAAAUUUUGGGAUGCUUCUGCAAUAACUCUGCAGAUGCUGUACAAGCUAAAAACUUCAAAAGUGUUUGAAAAACAGAAGGUAGGAGAAGGAAAACAAACAUGUGAAAUUGUAGAGGAAGAUCCAUAUGCCGUUCAGAUGAUUUAUUGGUGUCCAGAGAGCAGAAUAUUCUGUGUAUCAGGAGUCUCUGCAUAUGUCAUAGUUUAUAAAUUCAGCAGACAUGAAAUUACAGCAGAAAUAGUGUCAUUAGAGGUACGACUUCAGUAUGAUGUUGAAGACAUUAUUACCCCAGAACCGGAAACAAGUCCUCCAUUUCCAGAUCUCUCAUCCCAACUUCCUUCUUCAAGGAGUCUUUCGGGAAGCACUACCACUGUGGCUAGUGAAGGAGUAACAAAGGACAGUAUCCCAUGCCUCAAUGUUAAGACACGACCAGUGCGGAUGCCUCCAGGGUAUCAAGCAGAACUUGUUAUUCAGUUGGUGUGGGUGGAUGGUGAACCUCCCCAACAGAUUACUAGUCUUGCUGUAAGCUCAGCAUAUGGAAUAGUUGCAUUUGGGAACUGCAAUGGGUUGGCUGUGGUGGAUUUUAUACAGAAGACAGUACUGUUAAGCAUGGGGACCAUUGACCUAUAUAGAUCAAGUGACCUAUACCAACGACAACCACGGUCUCCUCGAAAAAACAAGCAGUUCAUUGCAGACAACUUUUGCAUGCGUGGCCUGUCUAACUUUUAUCCUGAUUUAACGAAACGGAUCCGUACUUCCUAUCAGAGUUUAACUGAGUUGAAUGAUAGUCCAGUUCCCCAGGAACUUGAGCGAUGCAAGUCUCCCACUUCAGGACUUGCUACCAGAACUCCCGAGGCAGCACCAGGCUUUUAUAGGAAUGAAAUACCAGCUGUGAGACAGAGGAAUCAAGUACAUCACUUGCCAGUUAAAGGAUCAAGAAAGUUAAGUCUGCCAACAGAUCUUAAGGCUGAUCUUGAUCAUGUUAAUGGACACUGCACAAGUCCAACUUCUCAGAGUUGCAGUUCUGGAAAACGUCUUUCUAGUGCUGAUGUUUCAAAAGUAAAUCGCUGGGGUCCUGGAAGACCACCAUUUCGAAAAGCACAGUCAGCUGCUUGCAUGGAGAUUUCUUUACCAGUUACAACAGAAGAAAGCAGAGAAAAUUCCUAUAAUCGUUCUAGAAGCUCUAGCAUCUCCAGUAUUGACAAAGAUUCUAAAGAAGCAAUUACAGCACUAUACUUCAUGGAGUCCUUUGCUCGGAAAAAUGACUCUACCGUCUCCCCUUGUUUGUUUGUUGGAACUAGUCUGGGCAUGGUGUUAAUCAUCUCCCUGAACCUACCUUCAGCAGACGAACAAAGAUUUACAGAGCCAGUCAUGGUAUUGCCAAGCGGUACAUUCCUCUCAUUGAAAGGAGCUGUUCUAACAUUCUCCUGUAUGGACCGAACUGGCGGAUUAAUGCAACCGCCAUAUGAAGUUUGGAGGGAUCCAAACAACAUAGAUGAAAAUGAAAAAUCUUGGAGAAGGAAACUGGUCAUGAACUGCCCCUCUCCGUCCCAAGAAAUAGGAGAUCAUCAGUAUACAAUAAUCUGCUCAGAAAAACAAGCCAAAGUCUUCUCACUGCCUUCUCAGACUUGCCUUUAUGUUCAUAACAUCACCGAGACAUCUUUUAUACUGCAAGCAGAUGUGGUGGUCAUGUGUAACAGUGCCUGCUUGGCAUGCUUUUGUGCCAAUGGGCAUAUCAUGAUAAUGAGCCUACCUAGUCUUCGUCCAAUGUUGGAUGUUAAUUACUUGCCACUGACAGACAUGAGGAUAGCACGGACGUUUUGUUUUACCAAUGAAGGACAGGCAUUAUACCUCGUUUCUCCUACUGAAAUUCAGCGGUUAACAUACAGCCAAGAGAUGUGUGAUAAUCUACAGGAUAUGCUAGGAGAUUUGUUUACUCCCAUAGAGACACCAGAAGCUCAGAACAGAGGCUUUCUGAAGGGACUGUUCGGUGGCAGUGGGCAAACAUUUGACAGAGAAGAGCUUUUUGGGGAAGCUUCAGCAGGAAAAGCAUCCCGUAGCCUUGCACAACACAUUCCUGGACCAGGUGGUAUAGAAGGGAUGAAAGGCGCUGCUGGAGGAGUGAUGGGAGAGCUGACUCGUGCACGGAUCGCACUUGACGAGAGAGGACAGAGGCUGGGAGAACUGGAAGAGAAAACUGCGGGCAUGAUGACCAGCGCCGAAGCAUUUUCCAAACAUGCACACGAGUUAAUGCUGAAAUAUAAAGAUAAGAAAUGGUACCAAUUCUAAACUUCUAAAGAAGCUGUGACUGCUUUGAGAAACCAUUAUUCAGGGAAACCAAAUUUAUUCCCAGCAUCACUAUCCAACUGCUAGAAGCCAGUUUCUUCUACAAAAUGUUCCAUUACAGUCCAUCUCAAGUUAUCAUAAAGGAGAUUUAUCAGAGACACUGUACAACCCAAAGGCUGGAACCCUGGUUAAAAUCCUGAGAUGUGUCUGAAUUCGCCUUUUUCCACACGGAAUGGAGCUAUCAUCUUGGCAUGUCAUUUGCUAAGGAUUUACAUUUAGGAACUACGGGGAGUCCUUCUGAUUUGAAAAAUCCUGUACAAACAAGAGCUUUAAUGCACUUAAUGAAAAAAAUCUUUGCAUGAUAAAUUAACAUCUUAAGAGGAAAAGAAAAAAAGCACGUGUGACAGAAGAAAAAAAAGAUUUGUAGUAAACUAUUUUUGUAAAUUGGGCCACACCUGACAAUUUUAAAAAUCUGCAUUGGAAGAUAUCAGUGCAUUUCAAGUACAUUUGCCAUUCCCAACUGAAAAAGAAAAGAAAACAAAAACCAGAGUUUUCUUCUCAUCUGUAACUUUCAUUAUACUAGGACAUUAUUGAAUUCUCAUGGCAAGACUCUGAUUAAUGUUCCUCUCUCUCCAUAAUAUUUUACAUCACUCACAGUUCUUCAUCAUAAUCAAGUAUUGCCAGAUACCCAACACAAUUAUUUCCAUUUCUGUCACCUUCAGAGCUAUUUUUAGUCACAAACUAUGCAGGGUUGGGUCACUUCAAAGCAUUUUUUUCAGCCUGGCUUGUAUUCUGCAGGAGUUGAUAGGUUUGGGGAAAUUAGACUAUAGGGACAAUGCAGUUAGCUUUGAGAACUGAUUUCACACACUCUGGUUUCCGUUUCUAAAGUGAUAUACUUUUAAUGCUCCAUUUGUAUCCUUGUCUGCCGAUUACACAGUAUAUUACUGUUCAAACCCAGUGGGGUCUUCAAUCCAAAGGUGCUCUUGCAGCCUGACACUCGCAGACCAAACUGGUCAUUCUCUGUAGUAUGAUUCAGUAAAACCUCAGCUAAUGUUUUAGCAAAGGGACUCUGAUUUAUUACAUUUCUGAUUAACAAGGGCUUUCAUGAGAAAAUACUUUUUGUUUCAAUACUUAUUAUUGAAAAUCUUUAUAAAAUGAAGUGGUGUGAUUGCUAUCUUGGCCUCAGUCAUCAUUACAGAAAUACAGAGAGAGUUUAAUGAUACAAAAUCAAGAAUUUUGUCACUCAUGAGGCUAAAUAAUAUAAGCCACAAGAUUAUGUCAAUAUGUAUCAAACACCUUUCCUUAUUAAAAAUUCUCUUAAAAAAUGGAAUAAAGAAUAUCCUUAACAUGAUAAAAGGUAUCUAUCAUAACUCAACAGAGAACUUCUAGAGGCAAAACAAAAUAACGUCAUCUGCUAUCAUUAACAUGAUUCUGGAAGUCAAAAGUCGUAGGAAAUGAAUAUAUGGAGAUUCCAGGACCCAUCCUGGAAUAUGUUGUUCCUUCAGAAGGAAUCUUUUUUAAAAAUUAAUGAGUUUGGCUUGUUGAAUUUUGAUUAAUCAUAGUCUUACUAGAUUUCAUUUGUUUCUUAAGCAUUCACCCUUUUCCUGAAGUCCAGGUUAUUUUAAUUGCCCAAAAUAGUAUUUCUAUUUGUUUUCUUAGAUUUUUUAAUUUUUAGUGAAUUUCUUUGAAGUGGCACUUCCUUUACAAUGUUCUCAGUAUUAUUGAGAAGAUCAAAGAUCAUGGGAAGAGUUAGAGAAUCUAUAACAGGAUAGCAUUUCUCAGAGUCCUUGAAUUCUCCUGAUUUCUGAAAAAAGCCUUUCCAUGAAUGUCUUCACACUCCUAUGAACAGUCUUGACUUGGAAAUACAAACAUGGCACAUAAAAUUAUAUUUAAUUUUAAACAUAAUAUAUAUUUAAUUUUAAAUUUAAAAAAUGAAAAUAUUAAAGAAACUUGAGACCAGGAUUUGGAAAACAUUGGUAGUCAAACUGCAGUGCCCUCUUGUACCAUCAGUUUCAAGGACCCAGUCUUCUGAUUUUCUGAACAGAUACUUUAUAAUUUUUAUAUUGGGGAAAAAAACCUAAAAGAGUAAAAUAGUGGUUUAUUUUGGAAAUAAUGAAAUUCAG